AAUGUGUAUUAAAUAAGAAAUGCAUCUCAGAAUAUGAGGAAAAUCAAUGAAGCAUUCCGUUAUGUACUUAUCACUUUAAUUUGGAACCACAUAUUAAAUUAAUACCUUAAUGUAGUAAUACCCCCAUCCAAUCAAAUAUUCAUGAAAUCAUAUAAAAAGGUUACAUAUAAAAACAAUUACUCUCCAAAACAACUCAUGGUAAUUGUGAAGAGUAUCAAUCUUUACAUUUAUUCAGAAAUAAUGGCACAUAUUUUGUACCAUUGCUUUAAAAAUGUUUUUAUUUACCCAUAUUUUAACAUAAAUGUUAGAAGUUACGAUAUAAGAAACAGCAAACAGUUAUUUCACUUAGUAAAGCAUUCUCAUUGGUUUGAUUUCACAUUUCAAACAUUUUCAAGUAGUUAAUGUAAGUGUAUUUUAAAGAUUAAAAUCUAGAUAAACAACUGGCACAUGAAAGUGAAUGAAAAACUCUUCAUAAAAUUAAUAGACCCUUCCAAGAAAUCCCAGUUAACAGCAAUUCAUUCCCAUUAUUAUUUUCCCGCAAUUAUACAUAUUAUAAAGGACCAAAUAAUAAUAUAUUAAAACAUACUGAAAAAGAAACACAAAAUAAUAUGAAGAUUGUGUAUUAGUUUUAACAAGUUUAUUCAUCUAGCACAUUUCGCAUAACACAGAGUUGUUUUUAUCAAAAAAUUAAUGAAAAUCAAAGUGAAUUGAAUCAUGUCUUUGAACACAUAGCAGUCUGGAAUCUGGUCGUCACUACAUUUCAUCCAAAUUAAGUCAGUUACACUUCACAAACGAGCAACAGAACUCAGAGGGCAGUUGAAUGUCCCAGUAUGUGUGCGUAGUAUAUAACAGAGAUAUUUAUCAUAACUUACUCAAAAUACUUAAAUUAAAAUAAAGUUAUUAGAAUCAAAUGAAAGGGAAAAAUCAGUUUAUAAAAUCGAGUUUGGGUGCUACAGUAAACAAUAUAAUACAAAACGUUCAAACAUAAUAAAAAAUCUUACCUAUAAUGCUCUGACAGAAAGAAAAUGAAAAUGUCAUAAGGAUGCACCAAAUAAAGUUGUCAUGAACGCUUAUCUCAAAACAAGUAUCAAAAUUGUCUACAAAAGUUAAACAAAACAGACACAAAUUUUACGUCACGUUACACAGUCAGCCAUUUUCUAAGCCAUUUCCGGAAAAUAAUCAGUUGACGCACUUGAAGUACACAUAUAUUUUAUCAGUCCCUUACAACUACUACUAUUAAUCUCAAGUUAUAAUUAUAGUUUUUUAUAAAUGAUUAUCUUUCACAUUAUUUCUUUUCCUGUUAAUUGACAGUGGAGUUGAAGAAAUGUAUGCAACUUCAAUGUUUUGAAAUAAAAACAUUACAUUGUUUUCGUUUUACUGUUGUAGUUUGCCUUCUGUAUAAGUACACAACAUUAAGAAAUCAUGAACUGUGAUAGAUGUAAAAUUACUAUUCAGAAUAACGAAAAACUAUCAUCCUUCGUUCGUAUCGAUGGUGUAUCUUUCAGCUUGAGAAGGUGUCCCAAUUGUUCCAAGUGUAUUGGUUUUCAAGUGCCAGAAGGGUGGUGCUCAAUUGACCAGAUACUUAAAAGAGAUUUACAAAUAUCUGGUUUGCACCCUGCAAUUUCCACUGAGGAUAAAGUAAUACACUACAUUCUUAGACAAUUUCUACAUAAUGAAGAUGAAUACUUGAAAGAUGAUACUCAAGCAGUAUUUGAUGAACCUGACAAAGAUGACAUAGUAGUGUUACUGUGGAUAAAUGGGAGUGCCAUUGGAUUUUACACGCUUAAAUCAAAAGGAACAUGGAUAGAAGAAACAGAUGAAGCAUAUAACAUGACUACAUUGGAUACAAUAUUCAUAAGAAAGUGUCAUAGAAGAAAUGGCUACUGUCAGGAAAUGUUGAGACACAUCUGUGCAUCCAACAAUCAUGAGGAUAUUGGUGUCAGUAAACCUAUAUCUCCUGAAAUGAAAGCAGCUCUUCAAAAAUUUCUCACAGACCAACCACACAUGCGUAGUAGGUUAUGGGAGAUAAAUGGUACUGGAGGAGAAGGCCAUCAGAAGUUGGUAUGGUAUGUGCUUGCUAAAGAAGAGAAAUGUAGGCGAACAAUGUACUCAGGCUCAGAAAAGUAACUUGAAACUUACUUGAAGAAUGCAAUUAUAAAGAAAGAAUUGCUUCAAUAGUCCAAAUAAUGUAUUAGUUCUUUAAAUGCUGAGGAUUGAAUAGAAAUUUUGAUCUGUUAUAUUCAUAAGUCGAGAUGAAAGAUACUUUUUUUAAUUUUUAAAAUUCUACCAACUCAAUAAUUACAAAACCUUUAUCAUGUCACAUUUGACAUGCAGGGAGAAUAUAUUUUGUACAUUAACUAUACAUCUGAUUCUAAUGAAAUACAAUGGACUACUGUAUCACCCAUAGAAUUAUAUUACAUGUAUUUAAGAG